AUGUCCGGUCUCGGCCUGCCUCCGCUGGCUGCACCGCCGCGCGUGCUGGCUGCAGCCGAGAAAGGCGCCGUUCAGGCGACCGCCGCUGGAUCAUCUUUGUCGCAUAACGGCAAUGGCAGUGGAGGUGCUGGUAAUGGAUUUCGAGGUCGUGGAGGUCGUGGAGGUCGUGGAGGUCGUGGAAGGGGAGGAGCAGGGCGGAGAGACAACCAAAGGGGUGGAGAUGGACACAGCGUUUCAGAUCCAUCUUCUCGCCCCUCGUCCAGUCGCCAAGCUGGCCAACCUGCAUCGAUCACCGACCGACCUCUUAGUGGCAUUUUCGCGAUCCACAAGCCGUCGGGACCGACGAGUAUGUCGCUGCUUGACCAGCUCAAACCGCUCUUUGCCUCGAGCAGUCUGUUCCGAAAUGCAGACGGAAGUACCUCGCUCGAAAAUGCAGGCGGCGCAUUUCGAGGCAGAAAAGGGCAAGGGAAAUGGGCCAGGAACCGGGAGGUAGCGCCUAAAUUGGGGCAAGGGGGCACAUUGGAUCCGCUCGCUGAUGGUGUUCUCGUCAUCGGCGUUGGACAAGGGACAAAGCACCUCUCCCGAUUCCUAGACUGUACAAAAGAGUAUUAUGCCGUCGGCCUGCUUGGCACUUCCACUUCCUCAUACGACGCAAUGGACCCGAUCCUGUAUCGUGCACCGCAUCAACACGUCACACCCUCUCUUCUCGAAUCCCACUUGCCGACAUUCACCGGCGACAUACAACAGGCACCGCCGCUGUACUCGGCGGUCAGGGUGGACGGUAUGCGCCUGUUCGAUUAUGCACGCCAAGGGCGCGAGCUACCACGUCCGAUCGAGAAGCGCGCCGUCACAGUCGAGCAGCUCCGACUCGCCGGCUGGUUCGAUGCGGGCGAACAUGGAUGGAAGGAGCCGCAAGAGGAAGUGCCUGAGGAGGAAAAGGCGCUUGUAGGGAAGGUCAGGAAGCUAGCGGGAGAAGAAGCACCAUCAGGCAGUGAGGCUGCUGUCGCGCCCUCCUCUUCUUCAGCACCAUCAGAGCCACCACCAGCAGCGCAGGCAGUACCUUCAUCUUCUAGCGAACCUGCAACCGAUCCAGCGGCAUUUGCGCUGGAAAUGACGGUCUCCUCUGGCACCUAUGUUCGCUCGAUCGUUCAUGAUCUGGCGCAGUCCGUAAGCAGCGCGGCGCACGUUGUUGUGCUCACACGUACACGGCAGGGCGAGUACUCUAUCGGGUAUGACCUUGAGGCGCGUAGCGCAGGCGCCGGUAGCGGUGGUAGCGAAGAGAGCGACGAGAAAGGGAAAGCCGAUGCAGGCGGACAGGUCAAGGAGCGCAAGGUGCUCAAAGGGAAUUGCAUACCAUGGGACGUCUUUGCGAAGGCUAUCGCGGAGUUAGAAGAGGAGCGUGGACGCGGGAGCAAGCCGAAAGCGCGAUCAGAAGUCCAGUCGCAGCGUCGGGAUCAGGACAAGGCCAGUGACGCCAAUCCGGCGCGAGACGCUGGCGAUGAUGACGAGCUCAUGAAUGGCAGCGGUACCGCUCCGCCAGCUCAUGCGAGGGAUGAGGUGGACGAUGAUGAACUGAUGAAUGGCUGCGCAAGUGCUGCUGCCACACCAAUUAAGGGUGGCGCGGAGGAAGGGCUGAAGCAGUGGGAGCAGGUUCUGCUGGCGCAUAUCACACCUGUGUGA